AUGGAUCCCGAUAAAAAUGAUACAAAGGGGAUAAAUAAUAAAAAAGAGAAAAUAAAUAAUUUUGAGGAAAAUUUUGUUAGGUUAAAUGAAAAAAAUGUUAUGAAUGAUAUGGAUGAGAAAGCUGAAAAUAGUUAUCAUAGAAAGAAAAAAAUAAAAGAACAAGAUGAAAGGAAUAAUGAAAAUAUUAAUUAUAAUAAUGUAAUGGAAUAUAAUAUGGAAUGUGACACGUUAUAUAAUAAGAAAGAAGUUCAAAAUAUAAAGAAUAAUAUAUCAGAGAAAUAUGGAAUUGAAGAUUAUGAUGAUUAUAAGAAUAAUAAUUAUGGUCAACAUCAUGGUCUUGAUAAUGGUUCAUAUAGUUGCUCGGGUAAUAUGUAUAAUAAGAAUUAUAAUUUGUUAAAUAAAGUAAAAGAAAAAACACAGAAUAAAGAUGAUAAGAGGCUAAGUGAUACGUACAAAGUAUUAAUAAAUUUGUGUAUAAAUGAAAUAAGUAGAAAUAAUGAUCAAGAUGGGAUAAAUGAGGUUUAUCAAGCGUUAAAAAAUAAUAACCUAUUAAUUGGACAUAAUAAUAAAAUAUGUAGUAAUAAUACUUGUAGUAAUAAUACAUGUAGUAAUAAUAUAUGUAGUAAAAAUAAUGUUGAUAUAAAUUAUUACAAUUAUAAAAAAGAAACAUUCGAUAAAGAUAGCAAAGGUAAUAUAUGUAAUAAUAAUAAUAAUUAUUAUUAUAACAAUUUAUGUGAUGGAGAUAAUAGUAAAAAUGAAGUAAGUUAUAUUUCGAAUAAAUAUAAUUCUUUAUAUAAUAAUAAAGAUAUGAUGAUGGUAGGUAUGAAAAGGAAAAAGAAAUUAAUAUAUAGUGAUGAAGAAUGUGAUAAAUAUAAAAAGAAAAAGAUGUGUAUAAAAAAGAACGAUAUUGAAUGUGAUAUGUUACAUAUAUUUAAGAAUGUAAUAAAUAUUUUAACAUGUAAAUAUCCUGAACAUAAUAUAAAAGAAUAUUUUUUUAAUAGUCAUAAUAAACUAAAAGAAGAAUAUGAGAAUAAUAAGAAUAAGUCUAUACAAUUAUCAAGUUCUUAUUGUAAUAGAUUUAAUAAUGUGUAUAAUAAAAUAAAGAAUAAAAUAUUUUUUUCUAGAAACGACUUAAGGAAGAAAAGUCAUAUACAUAUAAGAUAUAAAUAUGAUGUAUUUAAUUAUUGUUUAAAAAAUAUAAAAAGAAAUAUAACAAUAUUAUCACAUUAUUUACCACAUAAAAAAGAAUAUGAUUAUAUAACAAAAAUAAGGUUUGAUGAAUAUUGUGAAAAUAUAAUAACAUCAGGAAAAGAUGGUUUUAUCAAAAUAUAUCAUUUAAUAACAGGAAAUAUAAUAAUGUGUAUACGAGCACAUAAUUAUUCCAUAACAGAUUUUGAUAUACAUAAAUCAAAUAGAUAUAUGAUAUCAUGUGAUGAAAAGGGUAUAGUAAAAUUUUGGUUUCUUGAUAAGUAUAUGCAUAAAUUAUUGUUUACAUAUAGAAGAACCUUUUUUAUGAAAAAUGUAAAGUUUUUUUACAAUAUAACGCAUAAAAAUGUUAAGUCGUCCCAAAGUUAUGUGGAUAAGAAGUAUGGUUUGUUGCAUAAUCAUUACAAUAAUAAUUAUGAUAAUAAUUAUGAUAAUAAUUGCCAUAAUAAUUAUGAUAAUAAUUGCCAUAAUAAUUACCAUAACCAUUACCAUAAACAUUAUAGUUGUGGAGGUAGGAAUUCUUGUCCUUACUAUAAGACAUAUGCGCUGUGUUCUACUAAUACAUAUUUUUUUAUUAUAAAAUUUGAUGAUUUAAAUAACGAUUAUCAAAUUAUAAAAUCUAUUAAUACCAUGCCCAUGGAUAAUGUGAAAUUUUUUCCAUAUCUUCAAUUCUCCUAUUCAUUAAAUUAUAACAUAUCUCCUUAUGUAUAUAACAAGUUGAUAAUAUCGAAGAAUCCUAUAAAAGAACUAAAAAACAGUUAUUUAAUAUUUAUUAAUACACAGAAAGAUACAAAUGACAAAUGUAAUGAAAAUAAUAAUGAUCAUAAUAUAAAUGGGAAUGGUCGUAAGAAGAAGCUGAACUUUUUAUUAUUAACGACAAAGAAAAUUUAUGAUGAUCAUGAUGAACACAUGAGUAUUACUCCUGAUGAUGUUGAAAUUACCAAAUAUGUAAAUAAAGUUAGUGAUGAGAUAUAUAAUAAUAUACAUACAGAAGAUGUUAUUGAAUUAGCUUAUAAUAAAGGAGAUCAAAAAAAAAAGAAAUUAAAUGAACAAGAUAAUUCUUAUAGAAAAAUAUUUCAAUUUUUUGAAAUAAAUAUUUUACAGAAUGUAAAAAAUAAUAUAGGUUUUGUUAUGUUUAAAACGUUUGAGGAUUUUAAAGAGGAAAUAUUUUUAUUCUUAUUUUCAAAUACAUCAGCGAAUUUUAUAACUGUUCAAACUAAUGGAUCCAUAUAUAUGUGGAAUUUUAAAAAGUAUUUAAGUGAUUUGAAUAAAUAUAAAAAAAAAAAUAAUAAUAUAAAAAAAAAAAAUAAUAAUAUAAAAAAAAAAAAUAAUAUAAAUAAUAAUAAUAUAAAUAAUAAUAAUAAUAAUAAUAAUAAUAAUAAUCCCAGUUAUUGUAAUAAAUAUCAUUAUAGUGAUGUAAAAAAGGAGAAAAAAAAAAUAUCCAUCUGUUGUUUUUAUACUUCUCUUUAUGUUGAAUAUAUGAUGGAGUCUUCAGCAAUGCAUGAACAUGCAAAAACAAAAAACAAAAACGAGAAUGUGUUGAAUGAAAUAAAUAAAGAAAAUAAGAAUGAUCUGUUUAUUAUAUCUUCAACAUCUUGUUCGUCCUAUUAUUAUUCGUCUAGUGAUUAUGAUGACCGGCGUAGUGAUAAUACAUUAGAUGAUGGAGGCAAAGGAAAUGGUAAUUAUUCAGAUGAUUCUUUAGGAAGAAUGGGAAGGAAUAUGGGGAAUGACUUUAUUGGAAGAAAUAAUAAUAAUAAUAACAUGAGAAUAAUGAAUGAUGAUGUUAAUAAUGCACAUAAUAAUAUUUGUAAUAAGAGGGAUCGUGUGGAUUAUGGUUUCUUAGAUAGGGAGGAAGGAAAUAAUAAAAGUGAAGGGUGUAUUAUAAAAAAUUUAGAACAUAUUUCUAGAAUGGAUAAAAAUAAAGAUAAAAGAGGUAAAAUUAGUAAUUAUGAUAAAUAUAAUAAUAAUAAUAUAUAUAAUAAUAAUAAUAUAUAUAAUAAUAAUAAUAAUAAUAUAUAUAAUACUAAAUAUUGUGAGAAUAAUUUUUUAAAAAAAACGAACAUUUGUAAUAAAUGUUCAAAUGAGAAGAAAUGUAUUCAUACAUUAAAUAACGAAAAAACAAAUAAUAAAUCAAAAUUACGAGCAAAGAAAUUACAUUAUAAAAUAAGUAAUAUAUCCUUGAAUAUAUCUGACGAAUAUUUAAUUGUUGCAGAUGGUAUAACAAAUAAAUCUAAUUCGUCGAAAGAUAUAAAUAAUGCUGUUACCAUGAGAACUAAUAUAUCUAUAUUUAAUACAAAGACUUAUGAAGAAACAAAAUUUUUUGAUUUAAAGAAAUGUGAUAGUUAUGUUAGUUUUAUAGAACCUAAUCCAUUUUACAAAGAUAUAAUAUUAUUUGGUUGUUUUCGAAAAUAUAUAUAUUUAUUAAAUGUUGAAAAAAAAAAAAUUAUAAAAAAAUUUUCAUAUGAUAGUGAUUUAAAAAAUUUCUAUGCAGAAUGGAAUAAAAACGGAUACUUUUUUAUAGUAUCUCAUAAUUUUGGUUACUUUUCUAUAUUUACGUUAAAUAGAAAUUCUUGUUAUAAAUUUACAUUACGUGAACAGAUAACAUCUACACAAAUAUGUUUUCUAAAUGAUUUGAAUGCAAAUGAAAAUAUGGAAGAUUAUGAUAAUGUUAAUGUUAUGUCGGAUGUUUAUGUGUAUGAUUCUGUUAGUGGUAUGAACGAAUCUAACCGUGUUCUUCCGGUAGGGGGUGUGUCUACAUCUAAUAAUAAUCUUAUGAAUAUGAGGGGGACACGUCUCACAAGGUCCAGCCGCAACAAUGGAAAUAAUAACAACAACAAUAAUAAUAAUAAUAAUAAUAAUAAUAGAAGUAGUAAUAAUAAUAGUAGUAGUAAUAAUCGUAGCGGACAUAGACUCACCAGGGGAGGAAACAAAAUCGACCGAACCUCCAAUAGUGAUGACGAACUAGAGAUUAUUUCAAGAAAUAAUGUUAAUAAUACAAACGAUCCAGAUACAAACAAUAACAACAACAACAACAAUAAUAAUAAUAAUAAUAAUAAUAAUAAUAAAGAUGAACAGAAUAAUUUAAGUUAUAAGUCCUCUAGUAAAAGGAAAAAGAAAAUCAUCGAAGAAAGUUCAGAUUACGCAAGCUCAGAAAAAACUAUAUAUACCUUAUAUACAGAUAGCAAUUCAAGAUGCUCCAAUCAAAAUUACAAAAAAAAUAAAAAUAAAAGGAACAAACAUAAUAAGGAUACUGUACACGGUAACAAUCCCUUAGGAGAUAUAAACACACAAAAAAACAAACAAGAAAAUAACAGAAUUAAUAUUAAUAAAAAUGAUGAUGUUCAGGAGGAUGAUCUGCUAAAUGAUGAAGUGAAAAUUAUAGAAAAUGGAAAGAAUACAUUUGGAAAGAAAACAAAACAAAGAUUCUUAAAUAAUAAUAAGCAGACUGUUAUUAAUUUGGAAUGUAUUUCGAAUAAUAACGACGAAGUUAUUAAUGUUGAGGAUGUGCAUAGAGAAACGCAAAAGAACAAGAAUAAAAUAAAAACAAAAAAGAGAAAUAAUAAUAAUAAUAAUAAUAAUAAUAAUUAUGAUGAUGGAGGUGUAGGUGUAGGUGUGGGUGUGGGUUUUUGUGUGGGUGAGGAUGAGGAUGAGGAUGAAAUUAUCAACAUUGAUCAUAUUAUUAAUACAAGUUCAUCAUUUAAUUCAAAAGAUAAUAUAUAUAAGAAAAAUAAAAAAGUUUCAAAGAAUUUAAAAAAAAGAAAUUCAGAACCUGACUGUAUUAUUCAUAUUAACGAUAGUAGUUUCAUGGGGAAUAAAGAUGACGCGUUUGUUUUAGAUGACGACGAUGAAAUAAAGAGUAACAACAACAAUAAUAAUAAUGAUGAUGAUAAUAAUAAUAAUUAUUAUUGUCAGAAUGAAAGAUGUGAUGAACAAUGGGAGCACCCAAAUAAACGAUCCAGUUUUGUUAAAAAAAGUAAAAUACGAAGAAAGUAUAAAAAGGAAGAAAAGGAAAUAACAGAAAUAUGUGAUGAUAAAAAGGAAGAGGAAAUUUCAAGUAAUGAUGAUUCUUUUUUUGAUAAUCAGAGUUCAAUUAGUUUUCUUAGUGAUGAUUCGAAAUGUGAUAAUUAUACAGACUGGUUAAAUUAUACCUCAGAUGGUAGUUAUACAUCAUAUAUUAAGAAAAAUUAUAAAAAUUGGAAAAUUGGGAAAAUUGGGAAAAUUGAAAAAAUUGGAAAAAUUGAAAAAAUUGGAAAAAUUGAAAAAAUUGAACAAAUUGAAAAAAUUGAACAAAUUGAAAAAAUUGAAAAAAUUGAAAAAAUUGAACAAAAUAAUAAUAAAAGUAGUGAUAGUAUGUCCAACAUAUCUUGGAGUUCCGAUAAUGAUCAGGAUUUAUCAAAUGAUUAUAUUAAAAAUGUGAAAGGUUAUUUAUUUAGAAAAGAUAAUAUAAGAGAGGAUUUCUGUGUGAAAGAUAAUAAUAUGAAUAAUUGUUUAAAGCAUUUAGGUUGUUAUUAUAAAGAUUCAUGUAGUAAUAAUUUGAAAGAUAUAGAUUGGUCAGUCUUAUCACAGAAUAAUAAUUAUUGUAAUAAUAAAUAUAUAUAUGCAAAUGAUUAUAUGAAUACUUGUAUGUACCAAAAUGUUUAUAGAAAUAAUAAAUCAGGUUCUUUAAUAUAUACUAAAAAGAAGAAAAGAAGAUGUGCCUCGGAAGAAAGUAAACCUAUACUUAACAAUUUUAAUAACAUGAAUGUUCUUGUUGAUAAGAAAUUUAAAAUAUACGAGCAAGAAUUGCAACCUUUACUUCCUCGUUUUUCUAGUUUUAAUUCGUGUGAAAAUUAUUUAGAUUUUUUAAAAAAUGAAAAAAUAGAUCCGAUACAUAUUUAUAUAAGUUAUUAUAAAUAUAUAUAUGGAAAAUUAAAAAAUAGAGAUAACAGUUAUAAGAAUAUAUUGAUAUAUGACAUAUUAUAUAAGGUAUUACAAAAUUAUAGAAAGAGAAUGUCUUUAUAUAAUAUAAAAAUAGAUAAUACGAACGAGGGGAAUGUAAAUAAUAUUCAUUGUGAUAAAUUUAUGAAAUCUAGUAGUAUAAAACAAAUUGAUUAUUUUAAUGGGCCUUCACCUAAAGAUCACUGUAUUAUGUCAAAGAAUGUAAUUCUUAAAGAUGAGUAUAAGAAUGAUUUGGGUUCAUUAGGUGAGAAAGGAAUAGUUAUGUGUGAUGAAUCUACAUGUUGUCAUUACAAAAAAGAUAAAGAGGUUGAUUUAAAAAUCGAUCCCUUGUUAGAAAAAUUAAAUAAAUAUAUUGAAUUUUAUAAAAAGGGGAAUGUAGAAAAGUAUAAACAAAAUUAUAUAAAUUUAAUGAAAAUAUAUAAAAUAUAUAAUCGUUUUGUUAACAAAACAGAUGAUGUAAUAUGUUCAAAUAAUUUUAUAUAUAAUAAUAAGAAGAACAAGAAUGAUUAUGGUAAUUACAAUAUACCUAGAAAUCAUAAAAAUGAUUAUGAUCUGUUGUAUGCUUCAAUUUUUUAUCGUUUUUUAAAAAGGUUACCGUGUAAAGAAGAAGAAAAUAUUGAUAAUUUUAUUUAUUAUAAUAGAGACAUGAUUUGUAAGAAGAAUAAAAAUAAAUAUAAUAAUAAAGAAAAGAAAAGAAAAAGAUUAAAAGAUUAUUUACAAGCAUAUUUAAUACAUUAUGAAAGGGUACAUCAAAAGAAAGAAGAUUGGGAUUAUAUCUUAUUUUUAUAUACAAGUAAUAAUACAAUGGUAUAUAUGAAUAAUUAUACAAAAAAGAAAAUAUUAGAAACCUUAGAAGAAAAAUACAAAAAAAAUUUAAUAAGAGAAAAGUUUAAUAUGUUACAUAAUUAUCCUUUAAAAGGUAGAAAUUGUAUUAUAAAGAAUGUUGAUCAAUUAAUAGCAUGUCAAUAUGUGAAUCCAUAUUCUGUAUAUAUAAGAUCUCCUGUGGAUAAUUAUGAUUAUAUUAAUAUACAGAGUUUUGAUAAUUCCUUUGUUUCAAACUAUUCUAGAUAUAAUGAUUUCUUUACGAUGUUUAGAAAUAAUGUGUAUAAUAAUAUUAACAAUAAUAUGAACAAUAAUAAUAACAACAACAACAAUAAUAAUAAUAAUAAUAAUAAUAAUAAUUUUAAUACUUCUAUAAAUUAUGAACAUAUAGCUAGUUCAGCUAGAAAUACAGAAAUAGCUGUAAUAAGUGAGGGCUCUUCUAUGUUUACAAGUGAUCAGUCAGCAAAUUAUUUUUCUGAGGACGAAGAAGAAGAUGACGAUGAUUAUUAUGACGAUGAUUAUUAUGAUGACGAUUAUGAUGAUGAUGAUGAUGAGGAUUAUGUAGAUGAUGAUUUUUAUAAUGAUGAAUAUACAUAUACAAACCCGGCAUAUUAUUACAAUCGAAGAUAUACAAGAAAUAGAACUCGACGUACAUCACAGCGUACAAGAAAUAAUAGAAGAAAUAAUAAUAACAACAAUAAUAAUAAUAAUAGGAAGUCAAGAAAAAGAUCUGCUAGAACGAAUAGGAAAAAAAAUGAAAGAACAAAAAAAAAAAACCUAGAAAAUUCUUUAAAUGUAAGGAAAAGUGAUAGACUAAGGAAUAAAGAACAGAAUAAAAAAGAAGAAAAUAAUAAUAACAACAACAAUAAUAAUAAUAAUAAUGCAGUCUUUAGAAACUCAUCAAAUUCGAGAUAUAGAUAUAAUACCAGAUCUUCUAACAUUAACCGUGAUCAUCUCAUAUGA